AUGUCCAAAUUGAUCACUGUCUUUGGUGCUACCGGCAACCAGGGUGGUUCGGUCAUUGAGGCCAUCCUCGCCGAUCCUGAGCUCUCCAAAGAGUUCAAGAUCCGCGGCAUUACUCGCGACACCACCAAGAAGUCCGCUCAGAAUCUCGCUCAGAAGGGAGUUGAGGUUGUUACGGCUGAGCUGGACUCCGUCGACUCUCUGACUGCUGCCCUCAAGGGUUCCCACACUAUCUUCUUGGUCACCAACUACUGGGAGACUAUGAACGCCGAUGUUGAGUACUCCCAGGGCAAGAAUGUUGCAGACGUUUCCAAAGCUGUGGGUGUUUCCCACCUUAUCUUCUCUUCGCUCCACCAUGUGACAGAGGAGACCAAGGGACGUCUCACCCACGUGCCUCAUUUCGACAGUAAGGCCAAUAUUGAGAAGUACAUCCGGGCUUCUGGUGUUGGAUACAGCUUCGUUAUGCCUGGAUACUACAUGAGCAACUUCACUCAGAUGAUUAAUCGCGCCGACGAUGGAUCGUAUCAGCUGUUCUACCCUGUUGGCAACGAGGCCAAGUUUCCUCUCUUUGAUGCUGCUCAGGACACCGGUCUCUUUGUGAAGGUCGCAUUGAAACACGCAGACCAGUUAAAGAACAAGCAGGUUUUGGCCGCUGCCAAGUACUACACUCCUCAAGAGAUUGUGGAGACCUUUUCCAAGGUUGUGGGCAAGAAGGCUGCCUUCAUUCAGGUCAGCUCAGAGCAGUACAAGGCCUCUUUACCUCCCGCUGUUGCUGUCGAGUACCUCGAGAACCAGCUCUUUGUGGAGGAGCCUGGCUACUACCUGGGCGAGUCGCUUGAGCCCACCCUGAAGCUCGUUGACUCCAAACCUACUACUUGGGAGGAAUUUGUUGAGAAGAAUGUCUCUGCCUGGGCAUAA